UUUUUUUCAUUAUUAAUAUUAUUUAUUUAUUAAAUUAAAUGAAAAAGCUUUAAAACAAAAAAGAACAGAGCAAAAAAAGAAGCUGAGUUUUGAAAGAGAGAUUCUUCUUCUUCUUCUGAGCUCAAAGACCGAUUCCACUCGGUCUCUAGGGUUUUCUUCGCUUUUGUGGUUUAUACUUACAGAAAAUGUCUCAAGUUGACGAACUAUGGGAGCGUUUAGUUCGUGCUGUAUUGAAAAGAGAACGGACUGGAAAGGAUGCGUAUGGGCAACCUGUUGAUGGAAUUGCUGGAAAUGUUCCCUCUUCACUUGCUAAUAAUGGAGAUAUUGAUGAAAUUCUACGUGCUGCUGAUGAGAUCCAAAAUGAGAAUCCAAAUGUCUCCAGGAUAUUAUGUGAACAUGCUUAUUCUUUGGCUCAAAAUUUGGAUCCUAAUAGUGAAGGAAGAGGAGUUUUACAAUUUAAAACUGGAUUGAUGUCUGUAAUUAAGCAAAAACUAGCUAAGAGGGAAGGAGGAGUUAUAGAUAGAAGCCAAGACAUUGCUCUUCUGCAAGAGUUCUACAGAGUCUAUCGAGAGCAGAAUGAUGUGGAAAAGUUAAGAGAAGAAGAGUUGAGUUUAAGGGAGGCUGGGGCUUUCAGUGGAAACUUGGGGGAGUUGGAGAGAAGGACGGUUAAGAGAAAAAGAGUUUUUGCUACUUUGAAAGUGUUAGGGACAGUCCUUCAGCAGUUGACUGAGGAAAUUCCUGAUGAGCUGAGACGUGUGAUGGAAACUGAUGCAGCUAUGACGGACAACUUAAUUGCUUAUAAUAUUAUUCCACUUGAUGCUCCUAGCGUAACAAAUCGUAUUGGAUUUUUUCCUGAGGUUAAAGCAGCAAUCUCAGUGUUAAAAUAUAGGGGAUUGCCAAAAUUGCCUGAGGAUUUUCCCAUCCCAGCUACAAGGAAUGCUGAUGUUUUCGAUUUUCUGCACUACGUUUUUGGAUUUCAGAAAGACAGUGUUUCUAAUCAGCGAGAAAAUAUUGUUCACCUUCUUGCCAAUGAGCAAUCACAACUUCGUGUUCUUGAAGAAGCUGAACCUGAAUUGGAUGAAGCUGCAGUGCAAAAUGUAUUCCUGAAGUCCCUUGAUAAUUAUAUUAAGUGGUGUAAUUACUUGUGCAUUCAGCCCGUCUGGAGCAAUUUUGAUGUUGUUGUCAAGGAGAAGAAGAUACUAUUUGUUUCCUUGUACUUUUUGAUAUGGGGUGAAGCAGCCAACGUCAGAUUCAUUCCAGAAUGCUUGUGCUACAUAUUUCAUCAUAUGGCCAGAGAACUAGAUGAAAUUUUAAGGCAUCAGAUUGCACAGCCAGCCAAUAGUUGCAAGGCUGGGGAUGGGGUUUCAUUCCUUGAUCAAGUUAUAUUUCCUCUCUAUGAUGUUAUGCAAGCGGAGACAAAAAGCAAUAAAGACGGAAAAGCACCACACUCUGCCUGGCGCAAUUAUGAUGAUUUUAAUGAGCAUUUUUGGUCACUUCAUUGUUUUGAACUUGGCUGGCCAUGGCGUUUGGGCUCACCCUUUUUCCAAAAGCCAGAACUCUCGAAGAAUAUGCUUAAAUCGGGCAGAAGUAAACAUAGAGGGAAGACUUCUUUCGUGGAGCACCGGACUUUUCUUCAUCUCUAUCACAGUUUUCAUCGCCUAUGGAUAUUCCUUGCGAUGAUGUUCCAGGGACUUGCUAUUAUUGCAUUCAAUGAUGAAAACUUUAAUGGGAAGACUCUUCGGGAGAUUCUCAGUCUUGCUCCAACAUUUGUUGUAAUGAAAUUUUUUGAGAGUGUGCUAGAUGUUAUAAUGAUGUUUGGGGCGUAUUCUACAUCACGGAGGCUUGCUGUUGCUCGUAUUUUUCUUCGUUUUAUCUGGUUCAGUACGGCUUCAGUUGUUGUAUCUCUCCUAUAUGUGAAAGCGCUUCAGGAAGAGAGUAGACCAAAUGGAAAUGGUGUUAUAUUCAGAUUGUACUUGAUUGUCAUUGGCAUUUAUGGUGGCAUUCAAUUUUUCAUUAGUUUCAUGAUGCGAAUUCCUGCCUGUCAUCGGUUGACUAAUCAAUGUGAUCGCUGGCCUUUAAUCCGUUUUGUCAAAUGGAUGCGCCAGGAACGGUAUUAUGUUGGGCGUGGAAUGUAUGAAAGGACCACUGAUUUUAUCAAGUAUUUGGUGUUUUGGCUUGUGAUUCUGAGCGCGAAGUUUUCAUUUGCUUAUUUUCUACAGAUCAGGCCACUUGUAAAACCAACUCGAACAGUAGUAAAGAUGGAUACCAUACAAUAUUCUUGGCAUGAUUUUGUAUCUCAACAUAAUCAUAAUGCUCUGACUGUGGUUAGCUUAUGGGCUCCUGUAGUUGCUAUUUAUCUCUUAGAUAUCCAUGUGUUCUACACCAUCAUAUCUUCUGUAUGGGGCUUUUUGCUUGGGGCCAGAGAUCGUCUAGGAGAAAUUAGAUCCUUGGAAUUAGUUCACAAACUUUUUGAAGAGUUUCCUGAAGCUUUUAUGACCACUCUUCAUGUACCUCUUUCCAACAGCACUUCUCAGAAUGCGUCCAGUCAGGUUUUUGAGAAGAAGGUUAAUGCUGCGCGGUUCUCUCCGUUUUGGAAUGAAAUCAUAGCAAAUCUUAGGGAAGAAGAUUAUUUAACAAACCAAGAAAUGGAAUUGCUUUUAAUGCCUAAAAAUACUGGAACUCUCAAUUUGGUUCAAUGGCCUCUUUUCCUUCUUGCUAGCAAGAUAAUUCUCGCCAAGGACAUUGCUGUUGAUGGUAGAGACUCACAAGAUGAUGAAUUAUGGGAUAGAAUUUCGAGAGACGAAUAUAUGAAGUAUGCAGUACAGGAGUGCUUUUAUACUCUUAAGCAUAUCUUGACAACAAUAUUGCAAGAUGAAGGAAAGUUGUGGGUUGAAAGGAUAUAUGAGGAUAUUCAAUCAAGCAUCGGACAGAGAAAUCUGCAUUCUGAUUUGAACUUAACUAAGCUGCCACUCCUAAUAACAAGAGUCACUGCAUUAAUGGGAAUGCUGAAAGAAGUAGAAACAUCUGACCAAGAGAAAGGAGCAGUUAAAGCUGUUCAGGAUUUGUACGAUGUUGUCCGUCUUGAUCUCCUAUCUGUUAAUAUGGGGGAAAACCGUGAAACAUAUUAUUUGGUAUCAAAAGCAUGGAAGGAAGGCCGCCUCUUCCAGAAAAUAAAGUGGCCUAAGGACCCUGAGUUGAGAUCCCAGGUCAAAAGGCUCUAUUCAUUACUAACUAUCAAAGAUUCUGCCGCAAAUGUUCCAAGAAAUCUGGAGGCAAGGCGGAGGCUGCAGUUCUUCACAAAUUCUCUUUUCAUGGAGAUGCCUGUUGCUAAGCCCGUUAAUGAGAUGUUGUCCUUCAGUGUGUUCACGCCAUAUUAUUCUGAGGUUGUGAUUUAUAGCAUGAAAGAACUCUUGGAGAGAAAUGAAGAUGGGAUAUCAGUAUUGUUUUAUCUCCAAAAAAUAUUCCCAGAUGAGUGGAGGAAUUUUCUUCAUCGAAUUGGUCGUGAUGAAAAUGCGCAUGAGUCAGAACUAGAUACCCCGAAUGAUAUAUUGGAACUUCGGCUUUGGGCCUCAUACCGUGGUCAAACCUUGGCCAGAACUGUUCGUGGGAUGAUGUACUAUAGGAAAGCUCUGAUGCUUCAGACCUACUUAGAGAGAAAAAGUUCUGGCGAUUUGGAAACUGCAAUAUCCAAUACCGAUGAAAUUGAGACUCAAGGAUUUACGUUAUCUCCUGAAGCACGGGCUCAGGCAGACUUAAAGUUUACAUAUGUAGUAACAUGUCAAAUAUAUGGUAAACAGAAAGAAGAUCAAAAACCUGAGGCUGCUGACAUUGCAUUGCUUAUGCAAAGAAAUGAAGCCCUUCGUGUUGCUUUUAUUGAUGAGGUUGAAACACUAAAGGAUGAUGGUAAAGUACAGAGGGAAUAUUUCUCAAAGCUCGUUAAGGGUGAUAUCAAUGGGAAGGACAAGGAAAUUUACUCUAUAAAAUUGCCUGGAAAUCCAAAACUUGGUGAAGGAAAACCCGAGAAUCAAAAUCAUGCAAUUGUAUUCACUCGUGGAAAUGCAGUCCAAACAAUUGACAUGAAUCAGGAUAACUAUUUUGAGGAAGCUUUGAAAAUGAGAAACCUGCUUGAAGAAUUCCACCGUGAUCACGGCAUUCGUCCUGCCACAAUUCUUGGUGUUAGGGAGCAUGUCUUUACUGGAAGUGUGUCGUCUUUAGCCUCAUUCAUGUCAAACCAAGAGACAAGCUUUGUAACAUUAGGUCAACGUGUUUUAUCAACACCUUUGAAGGUCCGUAUGCAUUAUGGACAUCCUGAUGUUUUUGAUAGAGUCUUUCAUAUAACACGGGGUGGUAUCAGCAAGGCCUCUCGUGUCAUCAAUAUUAGUGAAGAUAUAUUCGCAGGAUUUAAUUCAACUCUACGCCAAGGAAAUAUUACACAUCACGAGUAUAUUCAGGUUGGCAAGGGACGAGAUGUUGGGCUCAAUCAAAUUGCUCUUUUUGAAGGGAAAGUCGCUGGGGGAAAUGGUGAACAAGUUCUUAGUCGUGAUGUCUACAGGCUUGGUCAGCAGUUUGAUUUCUUCCGGAUGAUGUCAUUCUACUUUACCACAGUUGGAUUCUACUUUUGUACAAUGUUGACAGUGCUGACUGUGUACGUAUUUCUCUAUGGGAAAGCGUAUUUGGCGCUAUCUGGAGUUGGUGAAACAAUUCAAGUGAGAGCUCGGAUUAUGGAUAAUACCGCUCUUACUACUGCUAUGAAUACACAAUUUCUCUUUCAAAUUGGUAUCUUUACCGCCGUGCCAAUGAUCUUAGGCUUCAUACUGGAACAAGGCUUUUUAAAGGCUGUUGUUAGUUUUGUCACAAUGCAAUUUCAGCUUUGCUCUGUUUUCUUCACAUUCUCUCUUGGAACAAGGACACAUUACUUUGGCCGGACUAUACUUCACGGUGGUGCUAAGUACCAUGCAACCGGUAGGGGAUUCGUGGUCAAGCAUAUUAAAUUUGCAGAAAACUACAGGCUUUAUUCCCGGAGUCAUUUUGUAAAAGGAUUGGAGGUAGUGCUCUUAUUGGUGAUAUACCUUGCAUAUGGUUACAACGAAGGCGGUAUAAUAUCUUACAUUCUUCUAUCCGUUAGUAGUUGGUUUAUGGCUCUUUCUUGGCUUUUCGCUCCAUAUUUGUUCAAUCCUUCUGGAUUCGAAUGGCAAAAGGUUGUGGAAGAUUUCCGUGAUUGGGCGAAUUGGCUUCUUUACAGAGGCGGAAUCGGUGUUAAAGGAGAAGAAAGCUGGGAAGCCUGGUGGGAUGAGGAACUGGCACAUAUUCGGACUUUCAGUGGAAGAGUUGCUGAGACUAUUCUUAGUCUAAGGUUCUUUAUUUUCCAGUUUGGUGUUGUCUACAAGCUAGAUUUGCAAGGAAAUAAUACAUCGCUUUCGAUCUACGGCUUUUCAUGGAUAGUGUUAGCAGUUCUAGUAAUUCUUUUCAAGGUGUUCACCUUCAGCCAGAAAAUCUCUGUUAAUUUCCAGCUCGUUUUGCGGUUCAUCCAAGGCAUUUCCUUUCUGGUAGCACUCGCUGGUAUAACCGUCGCAAUCAUUUUAACAGAUUUGUCAGUUCCAGACAUUUUCGCUAGCAUCCUUGCAUUUGUACCAACCGGAUGGGGACUUCUUUCGAUCGCAGCUGCAUGGAAACCUUUGAUGAAAAAAUUAGGACUGUGGAAGUCAGUUCGCUCCAUUGCUCGAUUAUACGACGCGGGUAUGGGAAUGAUCAUAUUCAUCCCGAUUGCAUUCUUUUCUUGGUUCCCAUUCGUGUCAACAUUCCAAACCAGACUCAUGUUCAACCAGGCUUUCAGCCGAGGUUUGGAGAUCUCUCUCAUUCUUGCCGGAAACAACCCCAAUUCCGGGAUCUGAGACUAAUCAAUCUCCCCUUUUGUAUUGUAUUGUUGUAAGUAAUGUAAUACACAUUCUAAUUUUGCCAAUUUCUUAUCGAAUUUUUUCGUUUGUCUAAUUUUUUUUAAAUUGUUUGAGAGAGGCAUAGCUUAGAAGCAUUUGUGAAAUAGAAGUAUAGCACAGCAGCUUUUUAGUGUUAUAAAAUUUACCAUUUCCAUUUCCUUA